AUGGGCUGUAUCAACUCUAAAUGCGCUAAUCCAGAGGAAGUAAAUAGGGUUAGAAAUAGAAGGACUGGUCCCCCUCGUGGCAUCCGCCGAAUAGCAAACUUAUUCCGAAAAACAAGAAUUCAACCUUUGAAUAUUCAACCAUCUGAUGGAUCCCCCCAUAGCUCCAACCAAGACCCCCCGGAAAAUGAAAGGGCUGAACCAAUUGCAAGCAAGGAGACAGAAGGUGAAGAAGGGCAAAGUAAUCGCGAUUGCCUGGAAGAGAAUUCGGGACAACCAAGUACUUCCACAUGUACCAAUGGUGUUACUGACUCGGCUUUACAAGACUUCGUACCGAAUGCCAUGGAUGGACGGUCGCCCUCCCCAGCAUGCAGUGACCGUAACACCCAAGCCGAGCGCCCUUCAUCAGUGCCCCCAGAUGAUGACGAAAAACCAGCAGCCGAGCCGACAAGGAAUCCAAAAAAAGUAUCCUUCUCCGGAGAAUUAGAAGAGGUCGUUACCUUUUCUAAAUCCCCAGAAGAAGAGGAAAGGCAGAAAAGGGAUAUUGUCGUAAUUCUUCCCAGCUGUGAAACAGAAGAGGAGGGGGAGGAGGUCAACCCAACUCCGGCUACAUCUCCCGGCAAGAAGGCGCCCGCUGCCACUGGGGCCAGGCCGCGAACUGCCCUCCCUACCUCUCCCAGCAAAAAAGCACCCAUUGCCACUGGGGCCAGGCCGCGGACUCCCCUCCCUAUGUCCCAGCCAAAGAUCAAGGCUAGCGUUGCAGAGAGGCCACUUUCUUCUACCAAACAAAUCCGGCCUAAAUCAUCGAGGGCUAAGACUUCAAAGGAAAAAGAAAAAAAGAAAAAUAUAGAGAUGGCCUACAAGUGGAAGAGGGUUCAAAAAUGGAUGAAAAGAUUCACUGACACUGUUGAAAAAGAAGACAGCAGGCCUAACAAACAGCAACGGGCAAAAUCUGCCCCGGUCAACCGGUCACAGCAGGAGGGGCAGGAGGCCAGCUGUUCUAAUACAACCUCCAGAAGAUCCAGGAUCCGCCCCUGGGAUAUGGAUCAGGACAUCGUAACAAUGAUGAUGAUCCAGGAGGAAGAUGAGGAUGAGGAUCCAUAUCCCAGGGGGGAGGAGGAGGAGGGAAAUGAGGAGGCUGGUGCCACAGGGGGAACAAGGGAGCAGUAA